AUGGCAGCAGGCGGUGAUUUUCAGACAACGUCGCAAAAGUUUCUCUCUUGGUUCAAAUCGUUGCCGGGCGCUACUUUCCACAAUGAUAUCCAGAUCGUCGACUUGAGGGGCCAAAACGCCGGACGAGGAAUCGUGGCCACCAAGGAUAUCGCAGCUGAUACAGUCCUCUUCACCAUCCCGAGAAGAAGCAUCAUCAAUGUCGAGACAUCUGAGCUUCCAAAGAAGAUUCCUCAAGUCUUUACCGGAAAUGAUGGAGACGACGAGGACAUGGAAAAUGAACCCCUUGAUUCGUGGGGCUCUCUUAUUCUAGUGAUGAUCUAUGAGUAUCUGCAGGGCGAUGCUUCGCCUUGGAAGCCAUAUUUUGAGGUCCUUCCUGAGAAGUUUGACACGCUCAUGUUCUGGGAGUCUUCCGAGCUGGAAUACCUCAAGGGAAGUGCUGUUUUGUCAAAAAUUGGCAAGGCUGAAGCCGACGACAUGUUCCGUUCACGGAUCCUGUCAGUCAUCGCAGCCAACCCAGCCCUGUUUUACCCUGCUGGCGCAUCUCAAUUGACCGAAGCAGAGCUCCUGCAUUUAGCUCACCGCAUGGGUAGCAUCAUCAUGGCUUACGCCUUUGACUUGGAGAAUGAAGAAGAGCCUGAAGAAGAGGAAGAGGAGUGGGUUGAAGACCGCGAUGGCAAGUCCAUGCUGGGUAUGGUGCCACUGGCUGAUAUCCUGAACGCUGACGCAGAGUUCAACGCUCACGUCAAUCACGGUGAGGAUGACCUCAGCGUCACGGCUCUCCGACCCAUUCGCGCAGGAGAGGAGAUACUGAACUAUUAUGGCCCCCACCCGAAUUCUGAGUUGCUCAGAAGAUACGGCUACAUCACUCCCAAGCAUUCUCGCUACGACGUUGUAGAAAUCCCGUGGGAUCUUGUGCAGUCUGUGCUCAAUGAACAGUUGAAGCUCACUGAUGAGGUCUGGAAGAAAGUGGGCGAGUAUGUGGACCCCGAAGAUCUCGAGGACGUCUUUGUCCUCGAGCGUGAAUCGGGCGAGCCCAACUCGGAGGGCCGACUCACAACCCCUGCAAGGGUCCAAGAGGUUUCUGCCGAGCUUGAGGAGCAAUUGAAGGGAAUUUUGAAGCUACUCAAGAAGAUGAACGCUGAUCUCAUCCCUGACAAGCGGAAACGUGACGAGAUCUACCAGCACGUCGUUGUGUCGACUUUACGAAAGCUGCUGAGUCAGUACCCGACAACGGCCGAGGAGGACGAGACUUUGCUGGCAUCAGGCAGCCUGACAUCGCGCCAGAAGAUGGCUGUUGAGGUAAGACUUGGCGAAAAGCGACUUCUUAAGGAGGCCCUUCAGGUAGUGGGUACCGGUAGUGUUGUGGAGGAAGCGGCUGGCGAGGACGAGGCCGAGAGGGCUUCCAAGAGGGUGAGACAUUAG